AGGAGGAGCCCUAUAUGUGUCAGAUGCAGGAAGAGGCCCAGGGCGAGGGACCAGGCCCCCGGUGUCUGCAGCUGCCCAAGGGACAUGGAGGAGUUUCAUCCCCACAACGACGAGAUGACCUUUAACACUGAAGAAGCUCACAAUGUUAUUAAAGAUUGCAUAGAAGGUGUCCUGGGCAAGGCAGAUUACAAUCACGACAGCGUCAAUCAGUGGACUGCAGCUAUUGUAGAACAGUCUUUAUCACAUCUGGUAAAACUGGGGAAAACGUACAAGUACAUUGUGACCUGUGCAGUGAUGCAGAAGUGUGGAGCUGGUCUGCAUACAGCAAGCUCAUGUUUUUGGGAUACUACAACUGAUGGUGCCUGCACUGUCAGAUGGGAAAACCGAACCAUGAACUGUGUUGUCAAUGUUUUUGCUGUAGCCAUUAUCCUGUAGCAGACUGGAGAAGCUGCACUGAGUUACGCCAAAGCCUUUAAGUUCAUCUAUACUCAGAGGACACUUUAAGAAUGAUUAGAUAUCAUAGUUAUCAACUAGACUCAAAAGGGGGAAGAAAUGUACUUUUCAAAAGUUUCUGCAUAGGGUGUAUGUAUUAUAGCAGAGCCUAAUCUUUCAGUUUAUCCAGCUGCAGCUUGCUAAAGAGCAAUUGUUACACUUUCAUAUAUCCAUUUUGAUCUGGAGGCCUCUUUUUUCAUCUCUUGAACUGGAAGGGAUGAUAUAGCAGUUAAAUAAAUAGACACAUAAACACUUCAUACGGGGAUGAAGAGAAAAUUAAUAAGUAAGGGGAACAAUAGGUUCUUUAUAAUAUAUGAGCAGCUGGUGAGGCAUUUUGUAUUGAAUAACCAAAAGCUGAUGCUUUAAAACAGUGGAACGUACUGUAUGUAUGUUAUAGAACUGUUAGGUUCUUUGGUAGUGUGUCAGCAGUUCCUCAAGAUAAUGGCAGAUAAGCUUGAUCUUUCUCCCUAGAAUUUGGGGUUACAAGGGAGUGUUGUUUGUUCUUCUAAGAUACACACCUAGUUGGUGCUGGUUGAUGGUGAGAGUCAGCUGCGGCAUUCAGUUGUGCCUCCUCUGAUCUGAUUAAACACCCUGAAGCAUAUCCCAACAUGGAUGGGCUUCAGUGAUCCUCAGCAUACUAAAUUAUGUGAAUCUGCUGACCACCAGUUGGAAAACUAAUUAUUUGAAACAGUUUAGAAGCUUAUUUAAUAGUUCUUAUAGCAUAUUAUAUCAAGCAGAAAACUGAAAAAGUUUUUAGAAUGUUUUCUUCUUUAUGGGAACAAUGUAUCUAGAUGCCAGAGUAUUUAUUUUUCUCAUACAGUGCACACAUAUUCUGCAAGUGCAUGUUGUUAUGCUGGAAUAGGGUGGUUGCUAGUAGUGCUUAAUUUUGUAUAUUGGAAUAAUUAUGAAGAUUAUAUUAACCAAAUUAAAUGAACUCGAUGUGUAACUUUUGGUUCAGUGAUUGGCAGCUCAACCUUAAAAUGUGGUGCACUAAAACAUACAUGGUAAUGGAUACUGUAUCAGUGUAAAAUCACAAACCACACUUUCAUAAUACUGUGGUUCCCUUCACGCAGAUGCAUGCACCCAGACUUUCAGGAUUAGGGUAUAAACGUUUAGAAAAUUUUGCCUAAUAACGGUUAGAUAUCUACAAGGUAAGCAUUUCUGACUAAGAGCCAGUCUUUGAUUAAGCUGAGUUGUGCCUUCAAAUCCCUGCAUGGCCAUGGAAACCUAUUGGAUGAUCUUGGGCAAGUCACAGAUUCUCAGCCUCAGAGGAAGGUAAAGGCAAUACCCCUUUGAACAAAUCUU